AUGUUGAGGCCUGGAGUCGCAGUACAGGCCUAUCUCGAAUCCCGAGCUCUCUUCUGGCACAAGUUGAUACCAUUCUUCGCAACAAGUAUUGACUUCCUCGGAGACUUAGCACUAUCUGCAGAAUAUUUAGUGGUGCACAGAAAGUCCGACUACGCCACGCCAUCCAAGCCAAAUCCAGAGUUUGCACCUCUUCGCAACAUCUGCGAGUUCCUGAACGCGCUUCACAUCUAUGCCGAAGAAGCUCGACAGGGCAUGACAAGAGCCAUUGAGGCUCACCACUUUUGUUCACAUAAGAGCAAAAGUUGUGGCAUUCACGGGUUCGAGGUGGGCUCCGGCAUGCUCGCGCUCCCAAAGCCCUCGGCGGAAGAGCACGACAAAUGGACCGAGCUCGAGACCGAAGCAAUGAAGGAAGUCGCCGGCCUGUACGGCAAGACCUUGCACUUCUGGCAGGUCGACCAUGGCGACGAGUUGCCACUGGGCUAUCCCAUGCUGAUGGGCAGCUUGACCUUGCACACUCAGAUCCCGAAUCUGAGCGAAGCUCUUGAUCCACGCAACAAAGAGUGGGAUAUUGACCAUGAGGAAAAGGCAAACAUCCGAGCAAAAGAAGGUGUACGAGGGCCUGGCGUACAUGCCAACGCGGACUCGUGGUGGAAAGAAGCCGAGGACAAGGCCAAAAGGAAACUCUUUGACAAAGCCACAGACACCAUCAUCCGUUAGAACACCACCAUGAAUGCUGGAUCUGUAAUUUGCGAAUGGGAGACUGAUUUGCACAAAAGAACUUACAUAAGCCGGGACACUUUACGGGAGCCAGCCUUGUGGCUGCGUGAGGAAGAGCAUUUACGGUGGACUUGGGUCUUUGUGCCAAAUCAGUGAUCAUUAAGUGUACUAUGAGCGUUUGCAAUGAGCCUGUCGCGGCCCGACCAUGUCAUAUAGUAGUAUAAAGAUCUAGCUUGAUAUAGCAACUCCUUCA